UCAAUGAUGAACAUGAGGUCAGACAGAUUGAAACAGCAUCCAGGAAACCAGACAGACCAGAAACAACAAUCACAUAUGAAGACAUCUUAAAAAUCCCACCUGGAAGAGAUGAAUCAUUCAGAACAGUGAUGACAACGGGAGUGGCUGGCAUCGGGAAAACAGUCUUAACACAGAAGUUCACUCUGGACUGGGCUGAAGACAAAGCAAACCAGGACAUCCAGUUCACAUUUCCAUUCACCUUCAGAGAGCUUAAUGUGCUGAAAGAGAAAAAGUACAGCUUGGUGGAGCUUGUUGAUUACUUCUUUAGUGAACCCAAAGAAGCAGGAAUCUACAGGUUUGAAGAGUUCCCGGUUGUGUUCAUCUUUGACGGUCUGGAUGAGUGUCGACUUCCUCUGGACUUCCACAACACUGAGAUCCUGACUGAUGUUACAAAGUCCACAUCAGUGGAUGUACUGCUGAUAAACCUCAUCAGGGGGAAACUGCUUCCCUCUGCUCGCCUCUGGAUAACCACACGACCUGCAGCAGCCAAU